CGAAAUCGGUCCGAAACAGUACAUUAGAAAUCGCGAAAUAAUUCUAUGCACAAACGCUUUCUAGCAGUCUGCGUUGGUGCGCUUUACUGAGUCCACGGUACCAUGGGCGGAGUCAUCUCUUGGCUGAGGGGUGAUGAAGACGAGGUAUUUCUUGAGGAAGACGAAACCUUUGCUACGGAGAACGUCACCGUUGUGCGAGGUAUAUGUCUUUUUAACGACAGAAACAUUACCGACCGACACACCAUAAGAAUGAGAAUUCCCUGUGUUGAAGCAACAUGUUGGGCUCCUUCAAAGGUGGUGUUCCUUAACAAGUGCCCCUCGGUCAAUUCAGGGGAAGGACGAAUCUGCCGAAUGACAUAUGGAGUGCACGAUGUAUACCCUUCAUGUUGCGACGUAUGUCGCUAACGUUUGUUAAUAUACUUAUUAAAUUGCGCAGAAUAAGGCGUUCGUACAAAGACACUGGUUGACAGAAAUGUGACAGUCACAGUGUUUACUUCUGAGCACAAUAAAAUGGUUCUCAUCAGAUAUCUCC